UGGUGAAGAACUGGAAUGGGUGCCCGCCGGCGCUGGCCUCUCCUCCGCGCCGACAGGUGGCGCUGUGGCCAGACGCGGCCGUACGGUCCGCGCGGCGCCGCUCUCUGGGCGGGGUGGGGCAUCGACCGAAGGUCCCGUGAGCGCCCGCUUCGGCCGCUCGGCUGGCCUGGUCUCUCUCGGCGUCUCACGGUUCGCUCAGCCCAGCACCAUGGGGAAGCGGGACAACCGGGUGCAGUUUUAGGUUCACAGCAAGAUGGAGCAGAAAGUAGAGUUCCAUAUACUCCCUGUGCCAACAUGUACACAGCCUCCCCCAUUAUCAACAUCCUGCUCCAGGCCUAUAUGAACCCAAUAGCAAUGGCCAGAUCAAGGGGUCCAGUCCAGUCUUCAGGGCCAACAAUCCAAGAUUAUCUGAAUCGACCAAGGCCUACAUGGGAAGAAGUGAAAGAACAACUAGAAAAGAAAAAGAAAGGCUCCAAGGCAUUGGCUGAAUUUGAAGAAAAAAUGAAUGAGAACUGGAAGAAAGAACUAGAAAAACACAGGGAGAAAUUAUUAAGUGGAAGUGAGAGCUCAUCCAAAAAAAGACAGAGAAAGAAAAAAGAAAAGAAGAAAUCUGGUAGGGUUGAUUUAGUUAAGUAUUUGAGAGACUUAGUAAAAGAAAAAGAUUCCUGCAUCUCACAAGCUUUAAUUGUUUUGUGCUUGGUCAAGUAUUCAUCUUCUUCUUCAUCAAGCUCUGAUUCUUCCAGCAGUUCUUCAGAUUCUGAAGAUGAGGAUAAGAAACAAGGAAAAAGGAAAAAGAAAAAGAAGAACCGUUCACAUAAAUCUUCUGAAAGCUCCAUGUCAGAGACUGAAUCAGACAGUAAGGAUAGUUUAAAAAAGAAAAAGAAGUCAAAGGAUGCAAGUGAGAAAGAAAAGGACAUUAAGGGACUCAGCAAAAAGAGAAAGAUGUAUCCUGAAGAUAAACCUUUAUCAUCUGAGUCUUUGUCAGAGUCAGAUUAUAUUGAGGAGGUACGGGCAAAAAAGAAGAAAAGCAGUGAAGACAGAGAAAAAACAACAGAAAAGACAAAAAAGAAAAAGAAGCAUAAGAAACACAGUAAGAAAAAGAAAAAGAAGGCUGCUAGUUCAAGUCCUGACUCACCGUGAAAGGCAAAAUCAGGAUUCCCUUAUAAAGAAAGUGCAAUGUCUGAGGAGAUCUCAACUGUGAAAAUAAUGACAUAUUUCCUAAAAUGCAUGACCUUUGUUGUUUCUAGAAUUAUUCCUGGAUUGUUAGGUAGCCACUCACAUGCCGCUGUGUGAAAGGGCCAUAAGAGUUGCCUGCUCCUUGAACAUCUGUCUUUGUUCUCUUCCAUUGCUUAAUAACUCUGGGAGAUAAUACACUGCAGUUGUACUAGUGGUUGAUAUUUGGGAAUAAAGUUAAUAUUUUUGACUAGAAGUAUCUAAUGAUAAACAACAGACAUUGAGUCUGGAUACAUCAUUAAGGUAUAAACAGAAAUGACCAGAUGACUCUAGUUAAUGUUUUUGAAGUAGGGAUUACAUUGAUAUUUUAAAAUCCUUACUCUGUAGAUAAGUGUAUUUUAAUGUUUUCCCCUUGUAUACUUUUAUUUACUGGGGGAAGGAGCUUUUAAGGGUGGGGGGUGGUUUGCUAUUUCUUUAACUAGCAGAAUAGCGUGCCUUUUAUCCUCACACAUCCUAUUUUUGCGGACACAGUAGCCAUGCUUCAUGAGGAGGACAGAGCUGGGUAUGGCAGUCUUGCGCUUUACUGAGCUUAGUAACAUCCUUGGUCUGUCAUAUGCUGCUUUGAGUGAAUCAGAGAAGCAGCCUUUUGCAGCACGAGAAAGCCCCAGAAGCUCUGGAAUAUACCUCCACUUCAAUAAUACUGAAUGAUUUUUAUUAUUAGAAUGUAUUGUAACAUUUGGAUUAAUUUUGACUACACUUGGGCUUUGGGAAGGAGUCAUUUCCAAUACACACUGGUACUUUUUGAACUUGAUAGCUAAAGAUUCUAAAAUGCAUGUUUUAUACUGUUAAGUUUUAACCAGUCAGGAAUAUUUUAUGUAACCAGUGAUAGCUAUUUUUUGUAUGAAUUUUGGUUAGGCUGUAAAGUUUAGCUUUUAUUAACUUUUUAUUCUUGCUAUCUUUAAUUCCUUACUGCAUUUAAUGGCAUUCUUGCCAAAAUAUUAGCAUGUGAAAAGCAGAGUUUAGAUUUGGUUUGGUUGGUUUUGUUUGUAACAGCUUCAUAUUGAAGCUGAGACUUACCAUAUACAAGUUGAGUGGCAGGCCUGGUAAUGCUGUGUCUUGUUACAUAAAGCUCUUGCCAGAAUCUUAGUAAAUAUAAUGUUUUAAAAGUUUGUCUUUGUAUAUUCAUAAAAAAUAUGACAAGUUAAACUUAAGCGAGAAUUACAUUAUUGCUCUUUCUGUGUCAUUUUACUAAGAUUUUGUGCCUCGUAACUCCUGCUGAAUUGUUUACUAGUUAUGUUAAAAGGAACUGAUAAAGUCAUUUUCACUUUACAUUUUUAUAUAAUCGGGUAAUAUGAAAUAUAAUUUGAUGUAUAAUUUUGCCUGUGUGCUAAUUACAGUGGUAUAUGCACAAAACAUUUUGGCAUGACAAGAGGCUGAAUAAAUAGCUAUUUUACUUAAAAAUAGCCUUGUUCUAUCAGCUUCCUUUGAGUCACAAGUAAAGUUAAAAUGAUUAAGAAACACUACUAGGUGUUAAGUGGUAGGAGGAUAAGACAUAUCUCUAAGUUUUUAGCUGAAAAAAACAACAUGUUCCUUGGUUAGUUUCCUUAAAGUUUAGGCGUAAAGCUUCAUACUGUUACCUAAUAAAAGAUAUCUAUAUGCUCUUGAGUAUA